AUGUUUAAGGCCUCAAUCUUGAUCGCUUUAAUGGCGUUUGCCGCUACAGGCGUUCAGGCUGAUAAAAAGAUCGUCUGUUACUUCGGUAGCUGGUCGGUCUACCGUCCUGGACUGGGCAACUUCCAGGUCUCCGACAUCGAUCCACGUUUAUGUACACACAUGACCUACACCUUCACGGGCAUCACCACCAACGGUGAUGUCAAUAUUCUGGAUCCAUGGGCCGACUUGCCAAACGGUGGCGGUAAGGACGGUUUUGGAAAGUUCACCGCGCUCCGUCAUUUGAGCCCAGGCACCAAGGCGAUGGUCGCCAUCGGUGGUUGGAACGAGGGAUCCCUCAAGUACUCUCAGGUCGCCAGUGAUCCUGCUACACGUGCCAGAUUCGUCCAGAACGUGGUCAAAUUCUUGAAAAAAUACGACUUCGAUGGCUUCGACGUCGACUGGGAAUACCCCAAUCAACGCGGCGGUCAUCCAUACGACAAGAAAAACUUCGUGGCUCUGUUGAAGGAUCUCAGAGAGGAGUUCGACAAGUACGGUUACAUCCUCGGCGUGGCCGUGGCUGCUGCCGAAGGGUCUGCCUCCCAAUCCUACAUCAUCUCAGAAGUGUCGAAACACGCUGAUCUCAUCAAUCUUAUGGCGUACGAUUUUAACGGUUCCUGGAACAAGUCAACGGGCAUCAACGCUCCUCUGUACGCUUCCGCCAGCGAAUCUCCAGGCCUACUUAAACUCAACAUAGACGCAGCGGUACGUUAUUGGCUAUCCGAAGGCGCACCACCUGAGAAGCUCAUUCUUGGUGUUCCCUCAUAUGGUAGAUCUUUUACCCUAGCAAACGCUAAUGAUAACGGAAUAGGUGCUCUAGCCACUGGUCCUGGAAUUGCUGGCCCUUAUACGAGGGAGCAGGGUUCAUUGGGGUACAACGAAAUUUGCGCGAAUUUACGCGAGGGUGGCUGGACCGUUGUCCGUGAGUCGGAUCAACGGGUGCCUUAUGCUUUCAAGGGCAAUCAAUGGGUUGGAUACGAUGACGUCACGUCUGUUCUGGAAAAGGCCAAAUACAUCAACUCUAUGGGUCUUGGCGGUGCUAUGAUGUGGAGCGUCGAAACCGACGAUUUCCGUGGUACUUGUGGUUCGAAGUAUCCACUUCUGAAUGCUUUGAACAGUGUUUUGAGAGGCAAUGUAGUAGUUCCUGAUCCCGAUCCCAAUCCUUCAGAACCAACAGGAUCAACAGGAUCAACAGGAUCUACAGAAUCAACAAGAUCAACUUCAACAUCUACAGAGCCAGCUCCGCCAUCAGAUUUCGUCUGCGUACAAGAAGGAUACGUCCGUAAUCCGCAUGACUGUUCAACGUUCCAUUAUUGUCAGAAACUGGACGACAAAUAUCUGGUUUCCACUUUCCACUGUCCCACUGGACUUGCCUUCGAUCCAUCGAUCAUUGCUUGCAACUACAAAGACGAAGUUUCGGGCUGCUGAAGUUGGAUACAUAGUUUAAACUGUUUAUAAUUACUGUAUAUAGAAUUAGUAUGAAUAAAAAAGUUUGUAAUAUUUAAUUCAAAGUCAUGUACCUUGUCAACGCAUCUUCGUAAAUGUUUUCGAAACGACUCACACGUAACUAUGACAAUAGUUUGCACAAAAUUAGUAUGUGCGUAAUUUGUGACCUAAUUAAAAGUACAAGUGUUCGUUGAGAGUCGUGAGACAGAAUUAGUAUGGCUUGUGUAGUUGUCACCGAUUUAAUACUAAAUAAAUAUUGAACGUUACCGCAUAUGUCCGUAGAAAUUAUUCAUUUAAUUUGAUGACACAUUCGAAUGCAAAUAAGUAAAGA